CUCCAUAGACCCAGUUGUUUAUAGACCUGAUACUGGAUUUGUUUCUCCAUCAUGAACACCUUUUGCAUGCUGCUGGUAUUUUCACUGCUGGUCUUCGAUUCAAGCGUGGCUGAGACCUCAGAGCUGGCUUUCCUCACGGAGCCCAGUGACGUCAUCGCAGUGCGGGACCGGCCCCUGAUGCUGCACUGCCAGGUGGAGGGUGAAGGGCCAACCUCUGUGACAUGGCGGCGUAACGGGGUACCCGUGCCGACGGGGGAGAGGGCCAUUGUGCUGGCCAAUGGGACGCUUCUGAUUAAGAACUUCCAGAAGCGGCGGGAGAGCGACGACACCGACGCCGGCGAAUACGACUGCGCGGCACAGAACCGCUACGGGAUGCUGGUCAGCCGCAAAGCUCGGGUUCAGCUGGCAUCUCUUCCCAAGUUCCACCUGCACCCAGAGUCAAUGACGGUGGAGCAGGGCGGAGUGGCGCGGUUCCACUGCCAGGUGAACGGGAUCCCGGAGGCCAAUAUCACCUGGGAGAGGAACAGGACCGCCAUCAGCACUGGGAAUAGCAGGUACACCCUGCUCCCCAUCGGCAUCCUGCAGAUCUCGGGUGUGAGGCGUGAGGACAGCGGGGUGUACCGCUGCAUGGCCUCCAACAUCGCCAACACCCGCUACAGCCUGGAGGCCCAGCUCCAAGUCACCGUCGCUGCUCCUCGGCUGUACAAGGAACCGGUGAUCCUGUCGGGCCCCCAGAACCUGACCUUGACGGUGCACCAGACAGCCAUCCUGGAGUGCAUCGCCACGGGGAACCCGCGGCCCAUAGUGUCCUGGAGUCGACUCGACGGCCGGUCCAUUGGAGUGGAGGGCAUCCAGGUGCUGGGAACAGGCAACCUGAUGAUCUCCGACGUGUCGCUGCAGCACUCGGGGGUCUACGUGUGCUCCGCCAACCGGCCGGGCACGAGGAUGAGGCGUACCGCCUUGGGCAGGCUGGUCGUGCAAGCUCCACCUGAGUUUCUGCAAUGGCCGCAGUCUGUUUCCAAGCCAGCAGGAGGCAGUGCAGUGUUCACUUGUCUGGCUCAGGGGGUCCCGGACCCUCACCUGAUCUGGCUGAAGAACGGCAAGAUCCUCACCCCAAAAGAUAAUGUCAAAGUCACCAAUAAUAAUAGCACUCUGGCCGUGACGCGCAUCACCUCGGAGGAUGAGGCCAUCUACCAGUGCAUCGCCGAGAACGGCGCCGGCACCAACCAGGCCAGCGCCCGCCUGGCGGUGUCCCCGGCCACCGAGCUACCCGAGGCCCCCCGGGCCCUGGUGGCCACCGCCCUCUCCACCACGGCACUGCAGCUCAGCUGGGCGCAGCCGGCGGUGGAGGUCACAGACGGCAUCAUUGGAUAUGUGCUGCACAUCCGCAAGCUCGGCGAGCCGGACACCAGCGAGCUGCAGGAAGCGGUCAGUAAGACCACGUUUCAGCAUGACAUCAGCAACCUGGAGCCGGCCAUCACCUACUCUAUUUACCUGAAGGCCUACUCUCCUCUGGGAGCCAGCCAGCAGUCCCAGACGGUCAUCGCCACCACGCUGGGUGGAGUGCCCCCCGCCCCCAGCUUCUUCACCAAGGUGCUGAAUGGUACGGCCAUGCAGGUGUUCUGGGAGCCGCCCGGAAAGCCAGGCAGAGUGCAGGGCUUCAGACUGUCCCUCCGCAGGGUCCCGGAGCCGGACUUCCAGGAGCCCAUCGUGUUGCCGGCCCACGUCACCACGCACGUCAUCGGGCAGCUAGAGCCUACAGCCAUAUACGAAAUGAAACUAGUGGCAUACAACGGAAACGGGGACAGCAGUGACACCACGCAGCUGGUGUCCAUGGCCGGGGACAGCAGUAGUGGCAAGUCCAGCAUGGGUGGUGAGAAGGUGUGUAACUGCAGGCAGGAUGGGGAGGGGUCCAUGGCGGGCAUCGUGGUGGGCAUCCACAUUGCCCUGGCCUGCAUCAUCUUCUGUGUGCUUUUCCUCAUGUUUGGAUACCGACGCAGUCUGUUCUGUAGGAAGGGAACCCAGGACAGCUGGUCUGUGCCUCAGGCAGGCGAAGGAGGCCAUCAGGGAGAGAGAGGUGGAGAUCCGAAGGAGGUGGUCACCCGGACUCCGGAAGCCAUUGAGUUAGUGCCUCAGGGUGGAGAUAGGCAGUGCCAUCCAGCCCAAUGCCAGGUUCUCAUCGAGCAGCACCCAUCAAGCCAGACUGGCACGGGCACCGGCUAACACCCCGCA